AUGGCUGGCGCAAAGAAAAAGAAGAAGCCCGCCGCAAACCCGGCCCGAGGCUUUGCAACCACAUCCAUCGCCUCGAAGCCCAGGCCCGAGGUUGUUGAACCUGAAUCGAAUCCCUCGUCAACCGUUGCCAAGGGUCAAGGUGCCCCUCCAUCGUCGCAGAACGCCCCACUCUCGACUGCCGCGCCUGGCGAUGCCAACGCCAAAUCCGCUUCCAAGCACAAGGAAUUGACCCCGGAGGAGUUUGAGAAGCAGCUUGAAGAGUCUGAACUGCAGCUCCUAGUCGAGAAACAUGCACAGAAGGUCAAACGAGAUGCUCAACGCCAGCGAUCGAGACUCGAAACUGACCGUCGCCUGCUUCGCGGCCAGGCUGACUCGGUCAACAGCUACAAAUGGCUGCCGCAAGAGCUCAUGGACCAUGUCCUCAACCUGAUUCAGGCCGAAACCCGGUUUGCCGCUUCAAGUUUGGCUUCCUCAGACAGUUCUGGCGCCGGCAAGAUGGCCCCCGAGGAGGAGAUGAUUACGAGGCUAUGGACCUUGCAGCAAACACUUUCCGCCGCCGAUUUUCCCCAAGAGCGCGUUGAAGCUGUUAUCCGGUACAUUUUGGAUAUUUCUCCCAACAUAUCGUCUAUCGGCAGGGACUCUAUUUGGGGUCUUGAGGAGGCGUUGGACUGGCUGGCUCGGGAAUGCCCCCUCGAGGAGCUUCCCGCCUACGAGAGCAAGCCUAAGCCAAUGUCCAAAAGCACGACCGAAACUCCCCAAGAAUCGCCGGUUCCGACCCGUUCAAACACUCCUCGUCACUUUGAAUCUCGCAAUGGUCGCAAGAACAAGGCAGGGGGGCCCAAGACGCCAUCUCCAACCAAGAAACUUGUGGUUACGUGCGACAGCGAUAUCGAACCGGACGAACUUGAGCCACAAUAUUUGGCAACAAAGGCGAAGCUCCUGGAACUCGAACGCGGAGGUUCAGAGCCCGGGAAAUUAAAAGCAGCCAAUGCCGAUGAUGAGCUCGCCGUUGCUAAACUUGAGGCUAAAAUCAAGAAGAUUGAGAGCGACGUCCUCUUUGACAAGUUCGUGGCCGAGCAAAAAUGGAGACCUGAAAGGAUCGCCCUGGAGAAGCAGUUUGCUACAGCGAAGAAGGAGGCUCAGAGUAACAUUGAAGACUCAUCGCCCCCGCCUGAAGAGCCUAUUCCGGAGAAGACGACAGGCGACGGUAUCAAUGAUGAAGCGGAACGGAUCGCAGCCGAGAUACUGGCCGACGCCGACGAUGACGAAGAUGAUAUCGGCGGGCUUUUCGCAUCUUUGCCGCAAAACGAAGUUGACGCCACCACAGGAGAGACUAGAACCGUAAUCAAUUCGGUUGAUGGCACCAAAAUUGUAGUUCGGGAUUUUGGAAAGUGGACAGGGUUUAGUCCCAGGAGGGCUUUGGAGGAGGCCUGUCGCUCAAGAGAUGCAUCUGCAAAGGUAUCCUUUAUCAUUGUAUCAGAAGCUACCUUUGCCAAUCGCCACUCCGUCGAUAUCUUUUGGUCAAAGCCCCAAGAACAGCCACCCCCCGUCACGCUUCCCGAUGUUGAAAUCAUCACCGACCCCUACCACUUCACCUUCACCAUGAAUGGGAUAGCCACGCCUGAUACGAAGCAAUCGGAGGCCUACAUCGCGACUGCAGCUCUGUACUACACAUUCAGUGGCAAUCCUAAGGAAGAAAAGGUUGGCAUCAGGCUACCCGCAGUCUGGCGGGACCUCUGGUCUGAACUUGCAGAAGCAAGAAAGAACCAGAUUGAUGCUCAAGACCGAACUGUGGUUAAGGAUUUGAGGGCUUUAGUUCGUGAAAGACACGACCAAGAGCUCGAGGAUGGCGUUAUCCUCCAGGGAGCAUUCAGGGGCCGCGGUGCGGCCAAAAACCUACACGACGCUGGCGAGGACGGUAGUCAAGACCGUGCUCGACAAAGUGCAUCAAAUUCCGAGUACUACCAAAAGGUCUGGGCAGACAAGUCCAGCUCGCGCAAAUUUCAAAUCAUGCUACAAUCACGGAUGCAACUGCCCAUGUGGAACUUCAGACAGCAAGUUCUGAGCGCUGUUGACGAGAACCAAGUCGUCAUUGUUUGCGGUGAGACUGGAUGUGGAAAGAGUACUCAAGUACCAUCCUUUCUGUUGGAGCACCAGCUUUCCCAAGGCAAGGCUUGCAAGGUGUAUUGCACCGAGCCUCGGCGUAUCUCUGCCAUUUCCCUAGCUCGCCGAGUAAGCGAAGAGCUUGGAGAGAACAGGAAUGACCUAGGAACCAACAGAUCACUCGUGGGCUAUUCUAUUCGACUAGAAGCCAACACUUCCCGAGAGACCAAGCUUGUGUUCGCAACAACUGGUAUUGUAAUGCGGAUGCUUGAGGGGUCCAAUGACCUCCAGGAGGUGACGCACUUAGUUCUCGACGAGGUCCACGAGCGAUCCAUCGAUAGCGACUUCCUUUUGAUUGUGCUGAAGAACUUGAUGAAGCGGCGCCGAGACCUCAAAGUCGUCCUUAUGUCUGCUACGGUCGACGCUGAGCGCUUUUCGGCCUAUCUUGGAGGUGCCCCUGUUCUCAACGUUCCUGGGCGAACUUUUCCGGUACAGGUUCGAUAUCUCGAAGAUGCAAUUGAGCUUACCGGAUACGCAGCCGGUAACUCGCAGAAUGAUAAGAUGAUUGACCUCGAUGACGACCUGGCCGAAAGUGAAACAGAAGGCCCCAAGAGCGAUAUCUCGAAGAGUCUUGCGGGAUACUCGGCAAAGACCCGCGCGUCACUCGCUCAAUUCGACGAGUACCGCAUUGAUUUUGAUUUGAUUGUGCAGCUGAUUGCCCGUAUUGCUACGAGUGAUGAUCUACAACCAUACAGCAAAGCAAUCUUGAUAUUUUUGCCAGGAAUUGCUGAAAUCCGCACACUAAAUGACGCUCUCCUCGGAGAUCCUCGAUUCUCCAAAGAGUGGUUGGUAUAUCCUCUUCACUCAACCAUUGCAACAGAGGACCAGGAGUCAGCCUUCUUGAUUCCCCCUCCUGGAAUGCGAAAGAUCGUCCUUGCCACCAACAUCGCUGAGACAGGUAUUACUAUUCCUGAUGUUACCUGCGUCAUUGAUACCGGCAAACAUCGAGAGAUGCGAUUCGACGAGCGACGCCAACUCUCACGUCUUAUUGAUACCUUCAUCUCCCGGGCGAAUGCGAAGCAGCGGCGAGGGCGAGCUGGUCGAGUCCAAGAGGGUCUCUGCUUCCACAUGUUCACCAAGUACCGACAUGACACUCUGAUGAGUGAUCAACAGACCCCUGAAAUGCUUCGCCUCUCGCUGCAGGAUUUGGCCAUCCGAGUUAAGAUUUGCAAGAUUGGGGGGAUUGAAGAGACUCUUGGCAGUGCCUUAGACCCACCGUCCGCAAAGAACAUGCGCCGUGCUAUUGACGCACUGGUAGACGUUCGCGCCUUGACAGCUGCUGAGGAGCUGACACCCCUCGGACACCAGCUAGCUAGGCUGCCCUUGGAUGUUUUCUUGGGAAAGCUGAUUCUGCUUGGUGUGGUGUUUAAGUGCUUGGACAUGGCAAUUACUGUUGCUGCGAUCUUGUCCUCCAAGUCGCCAUUUUCCGCGCCAUUUGGGCAGCGAGCACAAGCCGACAACGCUCGCAUGUUGUUCCGCCGAGGAGACUCGGAUUUACUGACCAUCUACAACGCCUACCUUGCUUGGAAGCGAGUAUGCCAAUCUACGGGUGGCGCUGGAAAGGAAUUCCAGUUUUGCCGCAAGAACUUCCUGAGCCAGCAGACGCUGGCCAACAUUGAAGACCUCAAAGGUCAACUUCUUACAUCCUUGGCCGAUUCUGGCUUCCUUUCCUUGACUGAAGAGGAGCGACGGACCCUGUCGCGACUCCGGUUUUCGUCUGGCCGCGGGCGUAGGCAACAGCAGUUCUUUGAGAUGCCCAGCAGAGUCAAUUUGAACAGCGACAAUGACAUUAUUUCAGCUUCGGUUAUAGCCUGGAGUUUCUAUCCGAAGAUUCUUGUGCGGGAUACUCCAGGGAGCAAAGGGCUGCGGAAUAUUGGCACCAACCAGUCAAUCAGUCUUCACCCAUCCUCAGUCAACCGAAACACUCGCGAUAUGAAGUGGUUGUCUUACUACCAUAUCAUGCAGUCGAAAACGGUCUACCACGCUCACGAGGCCACCGCAACGGACCCCUUUGCCAUUGCCCUGCUCUGUGGCGACGUCCGCUGUGAUAUGUUCUCCGGCGUGAUCGCUCUGGAUGGAAACCGAGGUCGCUUUUCCGUGCCAGACUGGAAGACUAUGCUGGUCAUCAAAGUGCUUCGGACACGACUCCGGGAACUAUUGACGCGGUCCUUCAAGCAGCCAGGAAAACUGCCAACGGCACAGCAAGAGAAGUGGCUCGAUGUGUGGCAGAAGCUAUUCACGCAAGACUUUGGAGAGGAUAGGCAGACAACCGGGAUGGUGAGCAAGGCAUGA